GUAAUAAGAAGAGGUGAAAGCAAGAAUAAUAGAAAGAAUUAUAAAAAAUUCAAUUUUUCGCAAUAUCAGUUCGAUAAAAUCUAUACAUAUACAUUAAAUAACUUCCAAGUAAAAUGGUUAUAAACGUGUAAUAUCCACUAAAAAAAUACUAGAAUUUAAAUUAUAAAAAUACUAUCUGGCAUAGUGAGAAUUUGAAAACCAAAGCGGAAGUUCACAAAUAGAGAUAAGAACACAUAAUUUUUAUUCUGACGACACAGCAACAGCCAACUCAUAUACAGCAACAGUUGCUGGUGCUGAUAUGCUGUAUGGCUUUUUGUAAAAUAAUUCGUUUAGGCUAAUCGAACUACUAAUUUCAUUAUUGCACAAAGAGGCUAGUGGAGUCAAGAAGAGUAAGAAUGACCUCAGCCGUGGAUUUACAGAUUGGUUCGACACCAAACCUGAAUAAAAUAGAGAAUUUCUUCAAAGAUGUAUCGUAUCGUGAAACUAUUGAGUUCAGUGCUAACUUCAACACACGCUUAUGCUUAGAGCGUCGUCUUCGCUUGCCAUUUUUCGAUCCACAAACUCGCGUUGCCCAAAGUCAUUCACAUCUAUUUAUGGACAAACGACACCGAAUGCCGGGUUUUCGCCAAGGGCAAAUAUAUACAUAUCCCUCAACACGUUGGCGUAAAAGCCGGCGACAAUAUCUAAAUAAAAUGUAUAGGUUUCCCGAACGGCCAUUUCAAGCCUUGCGCAACAAAGAACAUGAAGCACAUUCAAACAUUGGCACAGCAUCACCAUUAGUCAGUUCGAGUAUUGCGUCGACGCUCGAUUCUGAUUUGAAUGGCACUCUGCUCGAUGAAUCGUUAUCAUUGGGCGCCGCUGGUGGCGAUACAUCUGACAGCAAAGAUAGUCAGCAACUGGUUAUGCAACAACAACACACACAACAGGCUAUCAAGGAGGACAUGUCGAAAGAAUGGUUCUACGAUGACAUUGAAAUGAACGAGCUCGAUGGAAUAGAAGAACCCAAAUCGCCUGCCGAUGACGAAUUCGACUAUGAUCCGCGUUAUGGUAGCAAAAAGCGACGAAAACGGCGUCCUAGUAAACGCGCAUCGACAGCAGCCGGUGAGGGUGGUGCUGGUGCUGGUCGGCGUCGUGGCCAACGCGGACGUACUUCAGCAGCCGCCUCAGCUGCUGCUGCCGCUUUAUCUGAUGCUUCACUAUCCACAUUCGAUGCGGCCGAUUGUAACAGCAAUAGCUUAACUGGUGAUAUUACAGCAACACCCACGUCGACUACUAGUAGUGGCCGCAGACCGCGUGGCACUGGCGGCACGCGUGGUCGGCGUCGCACAAAAGCGAACACCGCAAAUAACUGUGAUCCACCCAGUCCGGGUUUGAAUAGUGAACCACCGUCCUUCGAGAGCGCUGCUGCGCUUGUUGGUGUAAUGGGUGAUUUGAGCAGUGUGAAUGUGAACGAUGAACAAGGUGAUUUAAGGAACUAUCGUAAGUUUCUGUAACAAUAUGACGAGCAUGUGAAAUGCGCGAACUUGUGUGGUGUUGUAACUGAUGAAACGGUUAAAAACGAAAGUAAUUGUUUGUUGGAUAUUUAGUUGUUGUCCAGUUAUCACUUUGCAUGAACGACCGAUUUUGUUAUGGGUGUUAUUUAUUCACAUAAGGUUGCACUAUCUGUAAUCCGUAUUUUUUCAACUAAACUAUUUAAAAAAUUUGUUUUUACUUUUGACUAUAAAAUCAUAUUAUCUAUAUGUAUGAUAUCAGACGCAUGCAUUUAAAAUGUAUACCAAAGCACAAAUAACCAUGUUUUCGAAAGGUAACGGUUAUUUUUUUAAUAUUUUUUAUUUGUUUUUUAUGUGACAUUGUUUAAAAUAGACACUUGAAAUUUGUAAAUCCGUUAAAAUACUGCAUGGACGUGGAUAUGCAAUGAUAGAUUUGUUAUUUAUAUUACACACAUAUAAGCUUGUUAUUAUACAUAUUUACAUAUUUACAGCAAUAAACUGAAUUAUAGUAUAGCUGAUUUGAGUGCUACACACAUACCUUUGUUGUUGUACGUCACCCAAAUAGCAUAUUCCAAUAGUAAAUUUUAUUUUUUUGU